AAUUCCUUCCUUCUGCUUAUGAGUCAUCCUAGUUUCCUGGUGGAGUGUUUCAUUUUUUCCAAUAAUUUUCCUACUUUUCUCCUCAAAAAGCAACAAAAUGAAGCAAGCCUCUUUUUUCCUCUCCUUCUCUGCAUGCAUAAUCUCCACCCUGAGUGAAAUCUUUCUCCUCCCCUCUCAAAUGAAAAAAGGCCUUUUCUGAGCAAAAGGAAACUGCUAGAAAUCAACACACCCGCUCUUUUUAACCCGUCUUCUGACAGCAGCAAUUUUUGCCUCUGAUCCCAAUGCCCAGCUCAAGUGCCAGACAGACGGAUAAACCUGGAAUAAAUUCAGAAUCCACAUGGUCACUAGAGAAGCCCCGGACAUUGCUUUAGCCAUUCCCGAAUAAAUGAAGAGGCGAGAAGACCAAGAAUGUCUAUAGACUUCUCUUCUGCAUCAAAAUACUAAAAACUCCAAUUGAACCGUAUUAAAAUGGCUGCUCUUAUUGCUGAAAAUUUCCGCUUUCUUUCACUCUUCUUUAAAAGUAAAGAUGUGAUGAUUUUCAAUGGCUUGGUGGCUCUGGGUACUGUUGGAAGCCAGGAACUGUUCUCGGUGGUUGCAUUCCACUGUCCAUGUUCCCCAACUCGGAAUUACAUCUACGGUCUGGCUGCCAUAGGAGUGCCUGCUCUGGCCUUGUUCGUGAUUGGUGUAAUCUGGAACAACCACACUUGGAACUUAGUGGCUGAGUGCCACAAGCGAGGAACCAAGAACUUUUCUGCAGCAGCAAAUUUCUUGAUCUUUGGAUCUGUCAUGGGAAGAGCUGCAGUGGCUCCUAUCACAUGGUCAGUGAUCUCACUGCUUCGUGGAGAAGCCUAUGUCUGUGCCUUAAGUGAAUUCAUGGAUCCUACUUCCCUGGAUCAUUUUCCACCUGGCUAUGGACCAGAUAUCCUGGCCAGGUUUCCUUGUGAAGAUCAGCCAGCCAACAUGACACAUUUUAAGGAUGAAGUUACAAGACGAUUAAGAUACGAGUCACAGCUCUUUGGAUGGAUGCUCAUUGGUGGGGUUGCAGUUCUUGUGUUCAUCACCAAGUGCCUAAAGCAUUGCUGCUCACCACUCAGCUACCGCCAAGAGGCCUACUGGAACCAAUACCGCUCUAGUGAAGCUAGGCUGUUCCAACGGACUGCUGAGGUACAUUCCAAAAUUGUGGCUGCCAACAAUGUCAAAAACUUCUUUGGCUUUGUACAUUUAGACAAAGAGGACCAAGAACUGAUCCAAGCAUAUAAUGUGCAAAAUGUUCAGCCCCGGUCACAAUGGGAUGCCAUCACUGGAGUUUACAUCUAUCGAGAGAAUAAUGGCUCCCCUCUCUAUAGCCGCCUCCAUAAAUGGGCCAAAAAUAUAAUGGGAAACUACUCUAAUCCUGAUAGCCAGGAAACAGCCUUCCUAGCUACCUAAUAUAGGUAGUCCUCAACUUAAACCAUUAGUUUAGUGACCUUUCAAAUUUACAAUGGCACUGAAAAAAAGUGAUUUAUGACCGUUUUUCACAUUUAUGACUGUCACAACUUCCCCAUGGUCAUAUGAUCAAAAUUCUAAUGCUUGGCAACUGACAUAUAUUUAUGACAGUUGCAGUGUCCUAGUGUCAUGCAAUCAUCACUUUUUGAGAUAUUCUGACGAGCAGAAUCAACGAGGAAGCCACAUUAACUUAAUAACCAUGUUGCUCACUUAAAAACUGUGGCAAGGUUGUAAAAUGGGGCAAAACUCAACAACUGUCUCACAUAGCAACAGAAAUGUUGGGCUCAAUUGUGGUCAUAAGUUAAGGACUAUCUGCAUCUACUCAACAGCUGUCCUACAAGCUUAACAAAAAUCAUUUUGAGCACUUAAGAUAGCUAUGCUGGGAAGCAUCCAAGACUUAAUUUUAUACUUUGACUAAACUCUUAAAAAAUGUAUAGCUGAUAGAUUUCAAAUGAAUUAUGUCACAUGAUUACAAAUCUAUUGGUGCUGUCUCAUCAGAAAUAAGGCCUAUGAAGCUCAGUAAAAUAUAUUCUUAUAUAAGACUACAGUUUAACAGUCUGGAACCAAAUAAUAUGGUGGGGGGGGGAGUUCAUUUAUCUGUCCAAUUGAACAGGAAGUUAUUCAUGAAUGUAUAAUUUCAGAAAAUAUGCUAAUUGACAAACAUGUAUAUUUAGUCCUUAAUUUAUGACUGAUUGCUUAACAAUUAUUCAAAGUUACAACAGACCUCCUCAGGGUUACUUAUGAUUUGGGUUUGAAGUUUUGAUGGCUGGGCCCUCCCUGUGCUCACAAAUCUCAUUUUGGAUGUUCAGCAACCAGCCCACAUUUACAACUGUUUAUAGUGUCCAGCAAGGCUGUAUACUAUCACCCUGCCUAUUUAACUUAUAUGCAGAACACAUCAUGAGAAAGGCGGGGCUAGAUGAAUCAAAAAUUGGAAUUAAGAUUGCCGGAAGAAAUAUCAACAACCUCAGAUAUGCAGAUGAUACCAUUCUAAUGACAGAAAGUGAAGAGGAACUAAAAAGUCUCUUGAUGCGAGUGAAGGAGGAGAGUGCAAUGUAUGGCUGUGAAGGUUGGACCAUAAAAAAGGCUGAGCGCCAAAGAAUUGAGGCCUUUGAACUCUGGUACUGGACAAGACUCCUGCGAGUCCCUUAGACUGCAAGGCGAGCAAACAAGUCAGUUCUAGAGGAGAUCAACCCUGACUGCUCUUUAGAAGGCCAGAUCCUGAAGAUGAAACUGAAAUACUUUGGCCACCUAAUGAGAAAGAAGGACUCACUGGAGAAGAGCCUAAUGCUGGGAAAGAUUGAGGGCAAAAGAAGGGGACAACAGAGAACGAGGUGGCUGGAUGGAGUCACUGAAGCAGUAGGCAUGAGUUUAAAUGGACUCCAGAGGAUGGUAGAGGACAGGAAGGCCUGGAGGAAUGUUGUCCAUGGGGUCGCGAUGGGUCGGACACGACUUCGCAACUAACAACAACAAUAGUGUCUGGAGGUCAUGCAACUGUGUUCUAUUCAAAAAAAUUUUUUGCCAGAAACUGGAAUUUAUUUCUAGUUUCCAACAAAAAUAAAUGCUUAUGGGCUAAAAUGGGUUUCCUGAAUGACUGACAUGUUUGCCUAAGGGCUGCAUUUGCUUAGUUACUGUAGCAUUUGCUUAAUCACUGCCACAAAAAGGUUGUAAAAUUGGGCACAAUCACCUUACCACCAUAAUUCUGGGCUCGAUUAUAGUCGUAAAUUAAGGACUAAUAGUAUCUUUCAAAUUGGUUUGAAAUACUGCCUACAAAUAAACAUUAUAUCCUUUUCAGGUGAAAGAGGAAAAAUUCUAAUUCUUUUGUGUCUCAUUUGUAAAUCUGGUUGCUAAAGACAAAAGCCACAGUAAGUUGGCAAAAUAUUUUAUUUGUAAAAUCUGCUUUCUCUCUGUCUUUAAGAUCUUUCUUUUUUGUAUACAUUUGAUCAAUUUGUUAAUAAAAGUAAAAUUUUAAACACUGAAGGGUUGAUUUGU